AUGAGAACCCUCUUUGGAUUUGGACGCAAGCCAAAGCGACAGCCAAAGCCCGUCAAAUACGAGCCAGGUUUUGAGCCAUUGAUGGAAUUGAAUGGGAUAUUGAGAAUGGGAGCCCGAGCGCCACCUCCUCAAACAUUAGCACGGGCAUUCGUGGACUUCUUUCGCUUCAAGCAUAGGACUACGCGGGCAUUGGAGGACACACAAGCUCAGUACGCUCUAGAGACAUUCCAACAUCUACAGAUGACAUACACCGAGGACCUUAGUUUUGGACUUACGUGCGAGGACCUGAGGAUGGCAUUGAAGACGCUGGGAAUCGUUCGCACAAAAGAGUACCAGUACAAGGCCCAUAGUGAGCUAGCCAAAGCGGUGUUUGAGGAACUUAAGAAGAGGAGGGAGACCAUGACAGAUGAUCAAGAGCCACCUGUGUUGUUUCAUCAAGAUCUCUUACCCUUCAUACAAGUCAUGGCACGAUUCGGUGAAGCCCUCUACGCCCGGGAUCUUGUUGAAAGAUAUUGGGAAGACUGCCUAAAGCCUAUGAGAGCGUCUCCAUGGUCUCGAGUAAUAAGGGGCUUGAUUCGAGAGAACAGAGCCGAAGAGCUGCAGAAGACUGUCACUAUCAUGCAAAAGUACAAUAUACCGUUCGAUCACAAAGUCCACCAAACUAUCACUGUGUUCUAUGCAGCUCACCAAGCGAAUAUGGAAAUGACAAAGAAGUGGUACCAACAUCCUAUCGCUAAUAGAGGGACGCCCACAAUUAUAACGGAUGCUACCGUGCUGAAGCUGUGUAUCAGCCAAAGCGAGCUUGACUGGGGGGACCCUAUAUUCAAAUCGCUGAUAGCGAGAACGCCGGAGGAGAAAGCGCCAUGGGAUGUGAUAUUCCAAUGGGCGGCUGCUAAAGGCAAAAGCGUCGACGAGAUCGAGAGCAUGAUGGAGGUCAUGGCACGACGGCAAGAAGAGAAAGGGUUGACGUUAUCGUUGGACAUGGAGACUAUCAAUGGCUUGGUUGAGCUUGCGAACUCGAGAAAUGACCCUUACACUGCCGAACGGUACGUGUCUCUGGGUCAGAAACGGGGGUUUCGGCCCAAUGCGCGAACAUACCUCUUACAGCUCGACUAUCGAAUAAAGGUUGGGGACCUUGGUGGGGCAAGGACUGCUUACGCUCGUCUUCAAGGUGAAAAAUCAGUCAACUCGGAGGAUUUGCCUCUCCUAAACAAGCUCAUCGUCGCUCUUUGCGCAGAAAAGCGCCAGGACUACAAUACUAUAAUGGGCCUCGUCGAAGACUUGGUUGAACGCAAAGCACGCUUCGAGCCCGAAGUGGUAGCUGCACUUUCCCACCUCCACCUCCAACGCGGCGAAAUGGAAGAUCUAGUGGACCUCCUUAACACUCACGCCUUCCAAUACGGCCUUGACCAACGCGCUUCGAUCAGCGAAGUUCUCAUGUCCCACAUUUUUAAGCACACUACCCAAGUCUCUCGCGCUUGGGAUACCUACAACAUCCUGCGGCAGACUUUCUCCGAGAUUGACGUUCCCACGCGAAUCUCCCUCAUGCAACACUUCUUUACCCGCAAGCGCUCCGACAUGGCCACCCACGUCUUCGGCCACAUGCGCCAACAACAAAUUAAAUCUCUUCGCCCCACCGUUUCCGCCUACGUAACUUGUCUCUCCGGUAUAGCUAAAGCCGGCGAUUUUGAGUCUCUACAAACUGUUCAUAACAUGAUGAAGCUCGACUCGGAAAUUGAACCGAACACACAGUUGUACAACGCCCUCAUGCUCGCCUACACGGGCUGCGGGGAACCCAACACUGCGCAGGGCUUUUGGGAGGAUAUUGUGCACUCGAGGGAGGGGCCGAGCUAUCCUAGUAUCCAGAUAGCAUUGAGAGCGUGUGAGAGGGCGGCGUUCGGCGAAAGGGUGGCGAGAGAUAUUUGGGCGAGGUUGAAGAGGUUCGAGAUCGAGGUUACAAAGGAGAUUUAUGCUGCAUAUGUAGGAUCUUUGGCUGGACAUAAUCUAUUCCCAGAGUGUGUCAAGCUCAUCAAUGACGCGGAAAAGGAAGCGGGGUAUAAGCCUGAUGCUCUUCUGAUCGGCACGUUUUAUAACGCCGUCAAGAGCGAUAGUAAUAAGCAGAAGGUUAAGGAGUGGGCUUGGGCAUCGUAUCCGGAGGCUUAUGAAGAGUUGCUGAAGUUGGGGCAGCAUGAGGUUACGAAGAGCAGUGGUGAGUAUGAGGAUGAGUUUGUGCAUUCGAGGGAGACGUUCUUCAAUAUCGGACCAAUUGGGAGGGAUGUGGAAGCUUGA